CAAGGGAAAUGUAAAGUUAUCCCAAAAUGAAGGGCAGCAAAAAAUUUGCAAACAAAACAACAAUGCAGGAGAGAUAACGAAAUGUUAAUUCAAAGAAAAACAUCAAUUUUCUCAACAAAAAAAAACAUUCAAGAAAAAAAUGGUUCAAUUUUAUUGAUAUAAGCAAAAAGGAGCAAUUCAAUGGAAACGAUGGUACAAUUUUCUAGAAACGAAACAGAAAUUUUAUUCAUAGAAAGUAAAAAUAUGUGAUUUUACCAAAUGUAUAUUGAAAAUAAAAAUGCCAUUUUAUUGAAAUUCAAUUUAACCGAAAAUUUUACUACGAAAACGAAAACGAGAAAAGAGAAACCAAAAAUCAAUUUUCGAAAAAAACUCAAAACGACAUUGAAAGUUUUAACGAAGGAUUGAUCUUAAACGAAAAAUUGAUACUCAACAAAGAAUCGAUUUUUAACAAAAUGUCAAUCUUUAACAAAGAAUGAAACAAAGAAUUGAUAUUUUCUUUGUUAUCAAAAACUUGUUCCAAGGAGACGUCAUACAAUGAUCUAAAAAACGAAAAAAAAGAUUGGAUUUUAAAAGAAGAAGAAGAAGAAGAAGAACAUGUAUUAAAUUUAAUCAACGAAAAAAGGAAAUUAAAUUCUAAAAAGAAAUUUGAAAUGGGACGGAAGUACAAACAUCGUUUGAUACCUGAACAGGAUCGUAGAAUAUGUGGUAGCAUUUGUUUAUGUCAGCUCACAAUUGUGAUUAGUUGCGUUGCUUUGGUUUAUCUAAGCGUCGCCAUCUAUAUACCAUCUCAUCGAGCUUUUAAUGCUGGUAUCGAUCCACAUCCGGUGAUGUGCCAAACAGUCAACGCAACUCUAGUAAAUUCUUGCACAUGGGCAAGUUGCGGUGAAUGGUGUUUAACAAAAACAACCGGCUUUUGUCCCCAAAUUCACGCAACUGUCAGGCGAAAUGGCACUGACAUUAUUUUCGAAAAUUGCACAAACAGUGCCAGCGUAUAUUGUCCUCAGGUAAACUUGGGCGCAGUGAGAAAGUACAAUUGCAACAACGGUAGCGAAUGUAGUGUACUGACGGGUGUUUUUAAUUGUAGUAAAGGACAUUGCGCCAAUAUCAGUGAACUAAUGUUGUGUCACUAUGUAGCGGAUGGAAUAACAGUUGACGCUGAUAAGGACAAUUUGAAACUCAAUGGUUACUUUAGCUGCCUGAAUUCACGGUGCACGAGAAUACGUAAGGCAUUCUCGUGCGAUCGUUACUGCCCAAAAAUAAGUACAUCAAAUAUAAAUGUGUUCCUCAUGCAAAAUGACAACAUUGUAACAGCCUCAUGCUCUCGUGCAAUAGCCUUAAAUAGAGCCAAUGGUAAUUUGCUAGGUGAACGGCUCGAGACUCCACAACAAAUUUGGGACCACUACAGCGAUCCAAUUGUUACAAGUUGUUUUCUUGUAUCCCGAGAAGGAAGUAGAAUCAGAGUGGAGGAUUGCGUAAAUGGUACAUAUUUGGACAAGGCAUUAAUUCCACAGCCUUCGACGAAUUUCACGACAUUUUUGAAUCUUUAUGAGAAAAGUCUGACACGUCCUGUGGAUCCGACAAAUGUUUUCGUGCCAGCCCAACGUACAUUAACUAUUUACAAUACUUCUAGACUUUACAUUAAUCUUGAAGGUUGUGUUAAUACUUUACGUGGCGAGUGUCGAGAAUUUCUACAAACCCACGGCAGGGAUGGAGAUAAUCAAACUGCACAGAGCAGAUAUCCUUGCUAUUACAACAAGAACAACUCCUUUAUGGUGGUAGCUCGCUUCGACUUGAAUAAAACACGAACGGAACUUUUGAUAGCCAUCAUAGUGCCAUCAACUUUAUUCGUCAUAAGUCUCACGACACUGGUAAUUAUAACACGAUCAGUGCAAGUUGGUGACGACGCAAAAAUGAGAUGUCGAUAUUGUUCCGAUAAACAGGAAAAUGAGGGUGAAGACGAGGGACUUGUAGCUGGAUCAUCAGCACCAUACCAUGAUCACGUCAACGAAAAUGAGAUUGAUCUUUAGUUUUCAAUAAAAAAAAAAAUGCGUGUUCAUUUACAACCAUGUGAUAAAUUUUUUAUCGGAUUCUCCGAAAGUUGCGCACAACCAUGGUUCCAUAAUUAUCAUCAUUCUUUUCGAAAUCAUAACUACAUAUUUCUCUCUCUCUCUCUCUCUCUCAUUCUACAAAAAUGCAUGCUCUCUAUUUUGUAACUUAUAAUCAUCAAUUCUGGGUAAGUGGAUCUCACUAUUUUAAUUUCAAUUUUAAUACCCGUCUUUACAUUAUACUUGUUAUUUAACUUAAAUAUAGAUUUCUCAAUAUAGUUCAAGUAAUAUCGACAAUAAAUGUAAAGUUUUCUUAACUCUG